AUGAAAACCCGUCGGGUCCUCAUCCAAACUCCCCCUCUUCCAUUUCCAUCCAUAAAAUCUUACCUUCUUCUUCUGCCACAAACACGCCGCCACUCAUCCCUCUUCUCAACCACCUCCACUUCCGGUGACCACCACUCUUUCACUGUCUCCUACCUCACCACCAAGUGCGGCUUCUCCCAUGAAGACGCUCUCAGAGCAAACAGGCGCGUUCGCUUUGACACCCCGGUCAAGCCAGAUUCCGUCAUCUCCUUCUUCAAAGCCCACGGUUUCUCACUCUCCCAAAUCACCACCAUCAUGCGCAGGAUUCCCGUGUUCCUCACAUGCGACCCCACCAAUGCAAUCUUGUCAAAGUUUCAAUUUUUAUCAUCCAAAGGUGCUUCUCCCUCUGACAUUGUACUCAUGACCACAAGGAGUCCUCGCUUCCUGCUUCGAAGCCUUGACCAUAUAGUAUCCUUGUACGAAUUGGUAAGGAGGUUCUGUCCCUCUGAUCUUAAGGCCAUUGCUUAUAUAACUGCAUGGCCAUCAUCCAUUGCUGAUGUUCGUCUGGCUCAAAAUGUGAAAUUGCUGCUUGAUGAAGGGUUGACCAAUGCCAACAUUCACCAUUUGCUUAGAACUAGGCCUUCUGUGCUGUCCUCUGCUGAUUUGAAGAAAACAGUUGAGGAAGUGAAGCAAUUGGGGUUUGAUCCUUCACACUCUUAUUUCAGUGUGGUGUUGCUGACCAAAAGGGCCAUAACUAAGUCCAAAUGGGAGGCUAAAGUUGAUGUCCUUAAGAAAUGGGGCUGGUCCGAACAAGAUUUUUCGGAGGCCUUUAGGAGGCACCCCAAUUUUAUGCUACGUUCCGAGGACAAACUCAAUGCAGUGAUGAGCUUUUGGAUCAGUAAUCUCGGCUGGGAUUCUUCGGCGCUUCGCAUUAGACCGAUGCUUUUUGGAUGCAGUUUGGAGAAGAGGCUUAUUCCUAGAGCUAAGGUUGUCAAAUAUCUUCUCUCCAAUGGUUUGAUGAAGAAGAAUGCUAGCAUAAUCACACCAUUUUCUUUGACUGAGGAGCUGUUCCUCAAGAAGUGUGUCACAUGUUUUGAGGAGAAAGAUCGGUCUCGCCUAUUAACACUAUAUCAAGGAGGAUGUUAGCAUUUUUGAGUUAGUCAACUCUUGAUGCCAAAUUUUGUGUCAAGCAAUCUUUUGUUUUUUCUUGUCACUUUAGUCUAUGAUUAGAUUUCUACUAAUUUGAUUGAACAGUCUCAUUUGCUUGGCUGAAAGCUUUUUAGAUUUUACUCAUAGAUCUUACCUGAAUCAGUUAUACUUGAUUGUUCAUAAGUAUAAAUGGUAUUGUGCUCAGAGAUAA